CUGCAGCGUCGGCGCGCCGGACGCGCGGCCACCGCCGGGCGAGCAGCGCUGAGCGUGCGGCCGGGGGCUUGCCCGCCCGGUGCCAGCGCCGCUCCGGAGCGCAGCAGCGGGCACUUGCAGCGUCUGCUGUCGCCGCCUAUGCGGCGUGGGCACUUUUAGCCAGGCGGGAGCGCCGGAGCGCCGGAGCAGCGAGCAGGGACGGACGCCCUCACACCGCCGUCGCCGCCCGGCAGCUAUGGAUCUAUUCGACUUUUUCAGGGACUGGGACUUGGAGCAGCAGUGUCACUACGAACAAGACCGUAGUGCUCUUAAAAAGAAGGAAUGGGAGCGGAGGACUCAGGAAGUCCAGCAAGAAGAUGAUCUCUUUUCUUCAGGCUUUGAUCUUUUUGGGGAGCCCUACAAGACAAACAAAGGUGAUGCCCUCGCCAACCGAGUCCAGAACACGCUUGGAAACUACGAUGAGAUGAAGGAUUUGCUAACUAACCAUUCUAAUCAGAAUCAUCUAGUGGGAAUCCCAAAGAACUCUGUGCCCCAGACUUCCAUCAACAAAAAUGAACCAAGCUUUUUCCCAGAGCAAAAGAGCCGAAUGAUGCCAUCUCAGCAGGAUAAUACCCACUCCUCAGCAUCAGUGCCUCCACCUUCUGUUGUGAUACUGAAUUCAACUCUAAUACAGAGCAACAGAAAGUCAAAACCGGAGUGGCCACGAGAUAAUAAUAAUCCUAGCACCAUAUCAGCAAGCCAAGCAAGUAAUCAACUCAACAAGAUGCAGACUUUGUCACAGGACCAGCCUCAAGCCAGACUUGAAGAUUUCUUUGUCUACCCAGCUGAAGCACCCCAAGUUGGAGCCAUUGAGGAGUCAAACGCACCUGCAAAGGAAGACAUUAAUCCUGUGUUCAGUGGAGAAGAUGCUUUCAAAGAAAUCUUUCAGUCCGACUCAGUAGAAGAAUCUGAAUUUACAGUGCAAGCACCUGGGUCUCCCUUAGUUGCCUCCUCUUUGUUAGCUCCCAGCAGUGGCCUUUCAGUUCAAAGUUUCCCGCCAGGGCUUUACUGCAAAACAAGCAUGGGGCAGCAAAAGCCAACUGCCUAUGUAAGACCCAUGGAUGGCCAAGAACAGGCAGCAGACAUCUCACCAACACUGAAACCUUCCAUUGAAUUUGAGAACAACUUUGGGAAUCUGUCAUUUGGAUCACUCUUGGACGGAAAACCCAGUGCAGCCAGUUCAAAGACUAAACUGUCAAAGUUCACAAUGCUCCAAACAAAUGAAGUAAACAUUCCCAGUGAUCCAAGCUGUGUUGAGGAAAUAUUACGGGAGAUGACCCAUUCCUGGCCCACUCCUCUCACUGCCAUGCACACUCCUGGAAACGCUGAGCAACAGGCAUUUUCCAUCCCAGGACAGGAAUCUCAACAUUUGACCCCGGGAUUCAACUUACAAAAGUGGAGUGAUCCAACCAGCAGAGCAUCUACAAAGAUGCUUGAGGAUGACCUGAAGCUGAGCAGUGAUGAAGAUGAGCUUGAGCCUGUGAAGACCUUGACCACUCAGUGUACUGCUACUGAGCUGUAUCAGGCUGUUGAAAAGGCAAAACCUAAGAGUAACCCCGUGAACCCCGCCUUGGCCACCCAGCCUCCAGUGGUAGCACAAGCCGGUGGAGGGUCUGGCAGCUCCAGUGAGUCAGAGAGCAGCUCUGAGUCAGACUCAGACAGCGAAAGCAGCACCACGGACAGCGAAUCCAAUGACCCACCUCGUGUGGCUACUCCGGAGCCUGAACCACCUUCAACCAACAAGUGGCAGCUGGAUAAAUGGCUCAAUAAAGUGACAUCACAAAACAAGUCAUUUAUUUGUGGCCAAAAUGAGACACCCAUGGAGACCAUUUCCUUGACGCCUCCUGUCAUCCAGCCAAUGGAAGUUCAGCUCAAAGUGAAGCCAAACUCCAAUCAGAUUCUGGCUGAACCUAAGGAACGCCCUCUCCUCAGCCUCAUCAGGGAGAAAGCCCGGCCACGGCCGACCCAGAGAACUCCAGAAGCAAAGGCUUUGAAGCAUAAGCUAUCGGCACCUAUAGAGGCAGCUUCUCAAAGGACUAUGGGGAAAAAGCAGCCCAGGAAAGUGGAGAAGAACACCAGCAUUGAGGAGUUUAACUGGCCCAAACCGAACAUUUCCAGCAGCACUCCCAAAGACAAAGAAAGUAUAGAGCUUCCGGAUCCACCCAGAGGCCGGAACAAAGCUGCAACCCACAAACCAGUGCCUAGGAAAGAAGCAAGGCCUAAUAUCCCUUUAGCUGCUGAGAAGAAGAAGUACAGAGGGCCUGGCAAGAUUGUGCCAAAGUCUCGGGAAUUCAUUGAAACAGAUUCAUCUACUUCUGACUCCAACACCGAUCAGGAAGAGACCCUGCAGAUCAAAGUGCUGCCUCCUUGUGUUGUACCUGGAGCUAACACUGCCAAACCCAAGGAAGCCUGUGGUGCCAGUCUAACCCUGAGCACCUUAACCAGCUGCAGCAGCAGCAGCAGCAACUUAUCCAUCAAUAAUGAAGAGCCAACAUUUUCACCGGUUCCUGUCACACAAACUGAGCUGCUGUCCCCGCUACGAGAUCAGGAGAAUCUGAAAAACCUCUGGGUGAAGAUUGAUUUGGACUUGCUCUCUAGGGUACCUGGCCACAACUCACUCCAAAUAGCAGUGGCCAAGGCAGAACACAAGGAGAUUGCCUCAAAAUCCAAGCGUCAUACUUCUACCAUAGCUGUGGAAAAACUGGGCCCUAAGGGCAAGCGUAAGCAUAAGCCAACAGAAGUUUCAGAGAAAGUCCCUGAGAAGAAGCAACGCAUGGAGGAGGCCACGACUAUCUGCUUGCUCCCCCCUUGCAUCUCACCAGCCCCGUCCCAUAAGCCUCCCAACAUCAGAGAACAUAAUUCAUCCAGGAGAGCAAAUAGAAGAAAGGAAGAAAAACUGUUCCCUCCUCCACUGUCCCCACUGCCAGAGGACCCUCCACGUCGCAGAAAUGUCAGCGGUAAUAAUGGCCUUUUCAAUCAAGACAAAAACAUCUCCAUGACUGGACAGAUCAUCUCUACUAAAACUAAGAGAAGUGAAAACAAAUUCUGUGCUACCUUCAAAGGAAUAUCUGUAAAUGAGGGAGACACUCCAAAAAAGAUACCCUCUGCCACCAUCAUUGUCAGCAACACUGCUAUUGCUACUGCCACUGUCACUGCUACUUCCAUUGUCACUGCCACUGUCACAGCUACCACCACUGCCACGGCCACCACAACAACCACUACCACUACCAUUUCCACCAUCACCUCUACCAUAACUACUGGCCUCAUGGAUAGCAGCCACCUGGAGAUGACGUCCUGGGCAGCACUGCCCCUUCUGUCCAGCAGCAGCACUAAUGUCCGGAGACCCAAGCUCACUUUUGAUGACUCGGUUCACAACGCUGAUUACUACAUGCAAGAGGCGAAGAAGCUGAAGCACAAGGCUGAUGCACUGUUUGAGAAAUUCGGCAAAGCUGUGAAUUAUGCUGACGCUGCCCUCUCCUUCACCGAAUGUGGCAAUGCCAUGGAACGUGAUCCUCUGGAGGCCAAGUCCCCAUACACCAUGUACUCUGAGACUGUGGAGCUCCUCAGGUAUGCAAUGAGGCUGAAGAACUUUGCAAGCCCUUUGGCUUCAGAUGGAGAUAAAAAACUGGCAGUGUUAUGCUAUCGAUGCUUAUCACUUCUCUACUUGAGGAUGUUUAAGCUGAAGAAGGACCAUGCUAUGAAGUACUCUAGAUCCCUGAUGGAAUACUUUAAGCAAAAUGCUUCAAAAGUCGCUCAGAUACCAUCUCCGUGGGUAGGCAAUGGAAAGAACACUCCUUCCCCAGUGUCUCUCAACAAUGUCUCUCCCAUCAACACCAUGGGGAGCUGUAACAACGGCCCUGUCACCAUCCCCCAACGCAUUCACCACAUGGCUGCCAGCCACGUCAACAUCACUAGCAAUGUUUUACGGGGCUACGAACACUGGGACAUGGCUGACAAACUGACAAGAGAGAACAAAGAAUUCUUUGGUGACCUGGACACGUUGAUGGGGCCUCUGACCCAGCACAGCAGCAUGACCAAUCUUGUCCGCUACGUUCGCCAAGGACUAUGUUGGCUGCGCAUCGAUGCCCAUUUGUUGUAGUUGAUGCCCUCCCAUCUCUGACAUCACCACCCAUUACUCUACCUCUGCCAGCACACUGAUGGUCACUGGUGGAAGUCCACUCAUUUGGGAAAGUUAUCUUUGAUUCUCUUUGUUCUUAUGCUUCUUUGGAUAUCUGUGAAAAACUGAAAUCAUUGUAAGUGGACACUACAACUUAAGAGCAGUAUAUGUUUUAUUGGUCAUUUUUCAGCAUUUCAUAUGCAUUUCUCAUAUGCCACCAUUUAUUUUGUACUUUGUAGAAUGCCCACAUUGUUGUAAGUCCACACUACCCGAAACAAAUAAUGGAAAGUAUUUGUGUUGAUGAAAGAUUCCUGAGAAAUCAAAUAAGCAGUUUUACACAUGCAUGAGAGCUUACACACGGGGACCUGAAAAGAUUUUCAGCAAACUAUGCGCUUAGGUCCAGAAAAGAGCAUAUUUCAGAAUCCACUGAUAAACUCUGGUGAUUCCACAGACUAAAUCUUCAUAUCAGAAUCUUCAUUGUCAAACUAAGCAGUUAGAUGUACCAAUACCACAAAAUCAAGAGUCUUGACAAAAUAAAUGAGUGUAGCAAUGCCACUUGUAAAGUAGUGUCAUGCCAUGUCUGAGCAGAGGACAUUUUUGUUAACAUCCUUUCCAGAACCCCGAUUUUUUUUUAAAUAGUGAUGAAACGAAAGGGCAGCGUUCCUUUUGACAGCUUUAACAUGUCAGCUGGCAUAAAUAUUUUUUUAACUCCAUGAUCUGAAUGAAGCAUAAAUAAUCACUUGGGUUCUCUUUGUACAAAGUUAUCUUCUUGAAGAGAAGUUUGCUAUCCAAAACGCUACACUCCACUGUUAGAAUCAGGAGAUAAGAUAGUUCGCAAAAAUGUUUGACAAGAAAUUCACACCUCUUCCUCUUUUGGCAGACAGGCCCACAGCUAGAAGGUUUGUUAACAUAUAUUUUUCUCAAAUCUUUUGAAACAAAAGUCAAGUUAUGCUUCCUAGAAUUAAUAAUACACAGUUUGCUUCCUAAUGGCUUUGAAAUCUGGACUUCUACAAUCAUUAGCUGCAUUUUCCAUUCCUCAGGAUUUCCUUAAGUCUGUUUUCUUUUUUUCUUUUAUUUUUCUUUCUUCUCAUUUUAUUUUUUUGUCACAUUAGCUUUUGACAAACAUACAAUCACUGAUUUUAUUCCAGGUGGUAUCAACAUGAAUGAUUUACACAAAAAUUCCAAAGAAAACUGCAAACCCUCUAGUAGCUAGCUUUUUAUAGAGAAAGAUGGGUCUUGGGUAAUACAUCACGUUGGGACUCUCUGAAUGAUCCCUAAGGAAUGGAAAGAGUUCAUCUAAUUUGGCGACACCCCCUCUUCUUUGUGACGCCCUGCAUUCAUUUUUUUACCCCUACGCAUCACAAUGUAAAUAUCUUUGGUGUUGCAGCUCACCAGAUGAAUCUCCAUUGAAGUAUACACUACUCACUCAUUAAUUACUUGUAAUUACCUGCUGGUAUAUAAUUUCAUGAAACCUUUAAUCUGCUGAGCAAUUGAACUUUGUUCACUAAGUUAGGACCAGAUAAAUAAUAGAUACACACAUCAAAGAUGCAAGCUUGCGUAUAUUUUUAAAGGCCACGCAGGUCUGUGACAGAAACAGUAGGUGAUCAUUCCGCACUCUCAUUGUUAAAGUUAGGUAUAUCUCAAGUUGAAAAAAAAGCCAGACUUAAAUUCCAUUCUGGUGACCUUUGAGUUUAAAGCUUUUUGUUGUGUAAUAAAGUGGAAGUUAUACUCCAAUGGCGAAAAAGCCGUGUUUUUAGUAAGACUGAUGGGAACAUCCAAGCAGCUGGACACAGCAGUUUUUAUGCUCCCACUGUGGUUGAGCUUUACAUUUAAGACUUCAGCUACAACACUCACAUAUAUAUGUGCAGGCACACACAGAAAUGAAACCUGUAAUAAUAUUUCUGACCCUCAUCAAUGAGGAAAAUGAUAACAUAAAAAACACUGAACACUCAAGAUUGAUAUCACAUAUAAAAAUUAAAAAUUGACCUGAUGACUCGCAAUGACUCAAGUCCUGUUUUCCAUGGCUUACCAGGUAGUGUUCCUGGCUACUACUAUGUAAUGAAGCCUGCUGGCUUGAUUUUUAAGUACAGUGUGCACUAUGAUCCUAGACCAUCAUGAAUUUAGGAGUAGGUUCUUCUUGGAAUUCAAUCUCCAGAAACUAGAUUUUAGAAUGUUAGGGGCAAUUCCCCAGGUACACAAACGUAUUGCUUCAGGUAUGAAAACCUUACAGUUCUACUUUCAAUGACCUGCUUAUUGUAAAAUGAGAUUAUCUACAAACAUACAAGGGGCAAAGAAGACUCUCUGUCACCUGUGGUAGCAGUGUGUAAAAUGUGUGCCAAAGCAGCAGCACGGUUAUCAGUCUGACAAUUGACUUGUGGUGAACCUCCUGAAUAUUUAGUAGAUACACUUUUUAAAACAGCUCAGAAACCAAUUAAACAUGCAGGCCGCACUAGCUUCCUAUCACUAAGAGAUAUAAUGUCUUUUGGUGCCAUAAUUAAGGACAGUUGCUGCUUUCUAAGCACAGCCUUAUCACACUGUGAUGGGGAGUGUGUUGUUUAUGUGCAGCUAUUUGAAGCAUCAAGGGAUUGAGAUAUUUUGUCAAGUGAAUCUCUUCAACAUACCCAUUUGUGGGAUGGUUACAAGAUAUCUGGAUGGCAGCGAGCAAGUCUGCCUCUAGAUAUUGACAAAGAGUUGGUGAGACACAUCUAAAUAAUCCCAUGGGAGUAGAGUAACAGGCAGUGUAAGGAGAAGCUCCAUCUGAGCAGACACUUGGACCACCCUCAGCUCUGCAGGGUGAUCCAAAUAAGGCCACCACUAUGCCUUCAUUUGUCACUCAAGCUCCAACCACAGAGUUUGACAAGCUUAUGUUAGAACUUUGGCUUGGCUUCGUAUGUUUAAUUAGCUUUGGACUUCUUAGUGGUUUCGUCAUAUUACUGUCUGAGUUUGGUAGGUAGGAUUAAUUUGAAAAGAGUUUACUAGUGUGGUCCUUGGGGUAGAAUUUAGCUGUAAGCAUGUUGUUAGCCAGCCUGUAGACUGUUAAUUACUUCAUUAUCUCAUUGGGAAAAUACUAAUAGUUUUAUAUUUGGAUGACAUAAUUGCAAAAGAAGAUUAGCUGUUGCUACUUUGAAAAAACUUGAGACUGGGAUGCUCUUUUCUUAUAUAUUGAAAUAAAAUGAUCCAGAUCUUUAGUCAAUGACCAAGUUGCCAAAUUGGAUACCAUUGGCUAAAAUGUGUUUUGUUGAGUUUCCGAAUGGAUUGGUAUUUAUUCAUUUGGAUGUGUCAGCCAAGAAAGACACUGUGUUUGAUCCGCAACAGAAAGAUAUUUUUCUACCCUGUCUUUUCUGAACCUGUCUAAUCUGAAGCUUUGGGGCAUUCAGCUUUGCAUCCCAGACAUUGAAGCUGGACUUUUGAGUUGCAAAACAUUUUAAAGGUGGAAUCAACUGCAGUGUGAGGUUAAUACCCUCAUAAACUUCUUGAUAGACAUGAUGAAAUUCACCUGCAGGCACUGGCAGGUAUGAAAGCCAAAACCAAACUGGGUAACUGGGUAGGAAUACUCAGUAAAUCAGUGAAUUGUUUGCUUACAGAAACUUCGCUGUCCCCAUUGAGAAAAAAUGUGUGGCAAGAUGACACAGCUACACAGCAUCAAACAAAUGGGUUGAUUCGUCACCCCCAAAUUCAAUUCUGCGGGGAAAAAAUGCUGAGCCAGUUGAUAGUGUUCUGUUGUGCAACUGGCAGACUAAAUUCUUUGUCGUUGUUGUUAUCGUUGUUAUCGUUGUUGUUGUUUCUCAUUUCUGCUCGCACAGCCUUAUUCUUACAGUUAAACUCUGAUUCAUUUUCUCUUUGAUGUUAGCAAACUCCAACAACAGAAAUGGCAUCCGUGUAUUGAUAAUCAGCAUUUACCCUGAUGGGAGACAAAUCACAUAGGCUGAUUUCAGACAUUUAUCCUACCCUCUGAUAUUUUUGGUGAAAGAAAAAGUAUUCAUUCUCUUUCCAUUCUCCUCCUCACAAACCUAGAAGCCCUCUUAAGAAGAGCAUUACAUUUUUCUCUGCAAUGUAUGUGCUAAAGGAAAAAAAAAAAAGAUUGCAUAGUGGGGAGGGCAGGAGAGAGGGUGGGUGUGGGAGUGAGGGUGGGGAAACCCCUCGAGGCCAGACUGCAGUUCUUGCCCUUUCUGCUUCUGACAUGAGAUGUUACAGAAUCAUUCAUAGUGCUGACAUUGGGUUAAGGGACUCUGAACUGCUCUUCAGAUCCAU